UGAGCUCUUGUUUGUUGCUUCCUUCCCUUUUCCCUCUGCGUUUGACUGUGUCAGAUAUCAGCCUCUCUCCCAUGAGAACCAACAUGAAGAAGAGAGCUUCACAAACAAAUUUACAGUAUUUUUCCGGUUCACCCAAAAGGAGGCGCUUUUCCCCGCCGCGCUCUUCCGCCGUAGUUUCUGAUUUUUUUCAGUCCUUGCCGGACGACCUCCUCAUCUCUAUCCUCUCUAAGCUUAGCGCCACCGCUUCUUCCCCGUCCGAUUUCAUCAGCGCUUUGAUUACAUGCAAGAGAUUCAACAAUUUAGGGCGUCAUUCGCUUGUUUUAGCCAAGGCUUCCCAGAAAACUUUGGCAAUCGGAGCUAAAAACUGGUCGGAAUCCGCUCACCGGUUUCUUAAACACUGCGUUGACGCCGGCAACGUUGAGGCUUGCUAUAUUCUCGGCAUGAUUCGGUUUUAUUGUCUGCAAAACCGAGGGAGUGGAGCUUCUUUAAUGGCGAAGGCGGCGAUUAGCUCCCACGCGCCGGCGUUGUAUUCACUUGCUGUCAUACAGUUCAACGGUAGCGGUGGCUCGAAGAACGAUAAGGAUUUGAGAGCGGGAGUGGCGCUUUGUGCCAGGGCUGCGUUUUUGGGUCAUAUUGAUGCUUUAAGGGAGCUUGGACAUUGCCUUCAAGAUGGCUAUGGUGUUUGUCAGAACAUUAUGGAGGGCCGUCGGUUUCUCGUCCAAGCCAACGCACGGGAACUCGCCGCCGUGCUGUCGUCAACGGCAGCCACUGUUACCGGCGGAGCUGCGCGUUCUUGGGUCACGUGCGAUCCACACACACACCACCGCACGGCGGUGGGGUCAUCCACAGAGUGUCCGUUGCUAAGCGAUUUCGGCUGUAAUGUCCCGGCGGCGGAGGCUCAUCCGGCGAGCCGGUUUAUGGCGGAGUGGUUCGCUAUACGCGGCGGGCCACCGGGGCCGGGGCUGAGACUCUGUUCGCACGUGGGGUGUGGGCGGCCGGAGACAAGGAGGCACGAGUUUCGUCGGUGUUCGGUUUGUGGGAUUGUUAACUACUGCUCACGUGCCUGUCAGGCGCUUGAUUGGAAGCUGCAGCAUAAGGCGGAAUGUUCGCCUUUGGAGCUAUGGCCGGAAAAUGAGGGGGAAGGUGGUGUAGGCGAGGGCGGAGUUGAAAAUGAAAACGAAGCGGAGGAUGUGAUAGAAGAGAGUUAAAUUAAACGGAGGAUGUGAUUUUACGGUUUUAGGAAUUUAAACGGCGAGUAACGGGUGUUGUAACGGAAGAGGAAAACAGGAGGUACCUAACAAAACAAAAGGCUUAAAUCCCACCUCCCCCACUUUUCCCUUUUUCUUUUACUUUUGUCAAUAUAAUUUUUGUAGAGUACAGUGCAUCCAUUGUCACCUUCGAUCUUAGGUAUUUUAAAGUUUUUAAUUUUUUAGAUUUUCAGAAUCUUCAAAAUUUCCUAA